AUGACCGAGAAUGUGACGCUCAUUAGAAACCGGACAGAAGUUGGGCAGGGACGCACGUGGGGCGCUGGAGCGAGUGCGCAGCCCGCGUGGGUCGUUAUAGUGCUGGCGAGCGUUCUGAUCUUCACCAGCGUGGUGGACGUGCUCGGUAAUAUGCUAGUCAUCGUGUCGGUACUCAGAAACCGAAAACUCAGAAACGCAGGUAACGUAUUUAUAGUGAGCCUGGCAUUUGCGGACCUGCUGGUUGUGUGCUACCCCUACCCUCUGGCGCUACACUCCAUGCUGCAUGCAGGCUGGUUGCCGGGGGAGACGGAGUGCAAGGUGAGCGGCUUCCUGAUGGGCGCAAGCGUGAUCGGCUCCGUCUUCAACAUCAUGGCGAUUGCCGUCAACCGUUACUGCUUCAUCUGCCAGGCGGGAGCCUAUGAGAAGGUGUACGGGCGUGCGGGCACACUGGUGCUUCUCGCCCUGGUGUGGGCGCUCACUGCCGUCGCCAUCCUGCCCAACCUGGCGCUAGGCUCGCUGGACUACGACCCUCGUAUCUUUUCCUGUACCUUCAGCCAAACGGUCAGCGCCAGCUACACCAUCGCAGUGGUGACCGUGCACUUCCUGCUGCCCAUCACCGUGGUGACGUUCUGCUACCUGAGGAUCUGGGCACUGGUGCUCCGGGUGAGGAAGCGCGUCUCCAGCGAUGUGAGGCUCCGCCUCCGCCCAAGCGAGCUUCGCCACUUCCUCACCACGUUUGUCGUGUUCGUCUUGUUCGCCAUCUGCUGGGCGCCACUCAACCUCAUUGGCCUGGCAGUGGCAAUGGACCCGCCCCGCAUAGCGCCCAUGGUACCCGAUUGGCUGUUCGUGGCAAGUUAUUUCAUGGCCUAUUUUAACUCAUGCCUGAACGCGGUGGUGUAUGGACUGCUCAACCAGAACUUUCGUCGGGAGUACCGCCGCAUCCUGUUGUCACUCUGCAAGCCCCACCUCUUCCUCCUGGAAAUAUCAAGGGGCGGUACAGAACGCAGCAAUAAACAGUUGCCUGGCAACAACAACACGCAGCAAAAGGCAGCAACUAUCUAG